UAUAUUCAAAUGUAGGUUUAUAUCGGGACUUUGAAGGAAACCGCUGUUCCCUAUCAUGCUUAUCUGUAAUUUCGAGGAACUGCACUUUAUUCAUUGACCUUAAAUAGAUGUUUGGUACGAUGCACUGAAUAAACAUAUUUUUUUUCCAAAUCUAACAAGGCUGAGGUGUUGCAUAGAGCUGUGUGAGAGGCAGAGCGGGUCAAAGCGUGGGGUUUCUGCGAUUGGUUACCUGUCUCCUUAACGCUCUGCCAUUCGAUCCUCAUACAACAAACUGUUUGAAAGCGUCUCUCCCGCUCUCUCAAUCUCCGACUAUGGUAUAUGAUCACAAACUUGGCUCUAGUCCUGUCCAUUUAUCAACCUCUUUAAAUAUUCAAAAACAUAGUACGUCAUCUGUGAAGGUGGAUCAUACAGUGUGCCAAUAUCUAUAAAGGACCGUGCGAAGAGAAAGCAUUUAAGAAGAUUACAUUUUGGAAAGAGACAUUCAGGGGCGAAUUCUCACUGUCAGCGAUAUGGUUCUACAUGUAAGACGAAACGUCUGAAGACAGCGAAGAGCCAUAGAAACUUCGUCUCCAGCGCGAACUUUCAUCCAGUUCUUCGCGGCGCGCUUGUCCUCGGGUCACACACGGACUGAAAUACAGUCUGAUCUCGCUGUCGCAUUCUGGAGAUGUCGCUUUUCGAGCUCAGUCAUUUUUCGGUGUUGGCCACCGCAGUCACGUCUGUGCUAUCCGCCCUGCUGCUGCUUGCUGUCUCUCGGCAACUAUGGACCUUCCGGUGGACUAUUACACGGGACAGAGCGUACAAACUGCCCCUGCCUCAGGGCUCCAUGGGGUGGCCGCUCGUAGGGGAAACUUUCCACUGGUUGUUUCAGGGAUCCAGCUUUCACAUCUCCAGGAGGGCGAAGUACGGGAAUGUAUUUAAAACCCACCUUUUAGGGAAACCUGUUAUCCGUGUGACAGGCGCUGAAAACAUCCGUAAAAUUCUUCUUGGAGAGCACAACCUUGUGUGCACGCAGUGGCCUCAAAGUACCCGGAUCAUCCUGGGACCCAACACUCUGGUGAACUCCAUCGGAGACCUGCAUAAGCAGAAAAGAAAAAUCUUGGUUAAAGUGUUCAGCCGUGGGGCGCUGGAGACGUAUAUUCCCCGUCUGCAAGAUGUUGUCAAGUCUGAAAUUGCCAAGUGGUGCUCGGAGCCCGGCUCGGUCAACGUGUACACUGCCGCCAAAUCUCUCACGUUUCGCAUUGCUGUGCGGGUGCUGCUCGGGCUGACCAUGGAGGAGGACCGCAUAAUCUACCUCUCCAGAAUAUUUGAGGAGCUUAUGAGCAACCUCUUCUCUCUGCCAAUAGACGUGCCCUUGAGUGGCCUUCGGAAAGGUAUUAAAGCGCGAGACGUGCUGCACGCAUGUAUGGAGAAAAUUAUCGAAGAGAAAUUGCAGAUGCAACAGGCCGCGGGCUACAGAGAUGCAUUUGACUACAUGUUGAGUAGCGCCAAGGAAAGCGGAUACGAGCUAAGCAGACAGGAACUGAAGGAGUCUGCGGUGGAGUUAAUAUUCGCUGCCCACUCAACCACCGCCAGCGCCUCCACCUCCCUGAUCAUGCAGCUGCUCAGGCACCCGGCGGUGUGUGAGAAAGCAAGGCUAGAGCUGCAGGCACAGGGACUCGGGUGCGACACAUACUGUCCAAAAUGCUCACAAAGCAAAACAAGGAAUCUGGAUGGAGAGGGCGUUCGAUCAAAGAAACAACAGAUAGAGAGAGACGAAAGCAAAAACCGUCCUGGAGCGGAAACAGGUUUCAAAGUAAAUGACACGUGGACUGGGGAGUGUGAUUCCACGCCGGACAGCAGAGAAAAAAGACUGUGUUCUGGUUCCCAUCUGCCUCAUUUGAGUUUUGAGAAAUUAAACCGGCUCCGGUACUUGGAUUGUGUGGUCAAAGAAGUACUCAGGUUUCUUCCUCCAGUGUCAGGUGGAUACAGGACGGUGUUGAAAACCUUCGAGUUAGACGGUUAUCAGAUUCCGAAAGGAUGGAGUGUUAUGUACAGUAUCCGAGAUACCCACGAGACAGCUGCAGUUUUCCAGAACCCGGAACUCUUUGACCCAGAUCGCUUUGGAGACGAGCGGGACGAAAGCAAAACCGGACGCUUCAACUACGUCCCGUUUGGCGGAGGAAUUCGGAGCUGCAUCGGCAGGGAGCUGGCCCAAAUCAUUCUCAAAACCCUGGCCAUUGAACUACUCGCGACUACUGAAUGUGAGCUCGCCACAGAAACAUUUCCGAAGAUGCAAACCGUUCCGAUCGUUCACCCAGUCAAUGGCCUACAUGUUUAUUUUAAGUAUCGGAACUGUGGUGCCGACCAUCUGUUAAAUUCUCUGUAACGAGAGAGCGACGACUGCGUUAAUAACAUCUUUAUUAUAAUUAUGUAUAUAGACGUAACGUGUAGAUGUCAGACGCAUGGCAUUUGAAAGGUGCAUGGCAAGGUGAGCGGCGACCUGCGGAGCCUUCCUGCGUACUUUACUCUGGGACUUGUACUGGAACGCGGUCAACUCAGGUCUGACGUCAUUCCCAGCCCCGACUUCCGAGGCAAAUGGAUCGCAGCAUAAAUCCACACCGUUUCCUCUUUGUGAUGUGAGUUUGGAACAUGUUAUUAUCCUGAUCUCUCCACUGGGAGUAAACACAGACAUCAGUCUUACGGG